UAAGGAAGAAUGUGGAGAUAUAAUAGUAAGUUUAUGCAUAAGGAUGAGUGACAAUAGUAAAAAGGGGCGAUGCAAAGAUAAAUUAACUGAAAUAGAUCUGAAUAAUAAGGAAAAUGGAAAAUAUAAAGAAGGAAAGCUAUAA